GGGACGUGUUGCUUCAUUAUCAAGCAGGUACAAUAGCCGCAAGGCUUAGGAGGUGAGGGUAAGAAAGAGUCGUAUAAAAGGAGAGAGAAAAGGUGAAAGAAAUCAGUCGAGUGCACAACUCCGACACGGCAAUAACUGCAGAGCACUAUUUGUCCCCAACUCCAUACUUUGUUGUAUUAUCAGUUCGCAAACAAUGUUAACUAUGGCGUCGUGCUUCUAUUGGGUGUUGUAUCCUUGACGGCUGGGUCAACAGCUGCUGUACCGAUGUUACAUCUUAUGAUGCCCGGGAUAGUUCACCAAAGCCCUGAAGUAUAACUCUGCCCUGAGUUACAUCACAAAAGAGCCUGCGGCAAUAGACUGAGGCUCCCACACCACUAAGUCACCGGGGUACUACAUGACUACGUAUGCUGCCCUUGCAUACUUCACCGAGGCUCCCAAAAACUACUCCGCCUCUUAGCUACUAUAGUACUACACUGAGGCACCAACUUAUUACAACACCGAAGCGCCCAAUUACUACAACCUAAGCUGUCCAGAGCUACUACACCGACGCCCCGAAGUAUUACUCUGCGUAAAAGAUGUCUAUAAAAGGAGAGGAAAGGUGGUAGAAAUCAGUCGAGUGAGGAUCUCCGUCACGACAGCAACUGCAGUGCACAUCUGUCACCAACUGCAUUCCUCAUCGUAUAACCAGUUCGCAAUCAUGGUUAUUUAUGGCGUUGUACUGCUGUUGGGUGUCGUAUCGUUGGUGGCCACUGGUGUGGCGAUGUCUCCUGGUUAUGGCAGAUGUCAAACCACAACGCCACCGCCUUACUACACAACAACAACUUACGCAACGACCAGUUACUACACAGAGGCCCCUCAAUACUACACUAACAAAGCCCAGGAGUAUUACACCACAACGUACGCUGCCCCUAGCUACUACACCGAAGUCCAAAAACAUUAUUCUUCCCCGAGCUUCAACACCAAAGAGCUUGAAUACUACACCGUGAUCCCAAGUACUACACCACCAAGGCAUCGGAGUACUGUUAACUACAUAUCAUGACCAUACGUAUAAAAGGAGAGAAAGGCGAAAGAAAUAAUCAGUCGAGUGAUCAUUGAGUGGCCUCCAAAUACUGCAUCACCAAGGCACCGGAGUACUACACUACUAAGUACGUUGCUCUAGCUUAUUACACCGAGGCUCCCAAGUAUUACUCAGCUCCCAGCUACUACACUGAGGCUCCAACUUACUACACCACCAGAGCGCCUGAGUUGUACACCACCAAGGCACCGCAGUACUACACCGCUACAUAUCUUGGGUAAAUAUUCUGUUACAUGGAAUUUUAAUAUGCCAACUAUUGAAUAUCUAAAUUAAUUGUGUAGUCAUAAAAGGAGAGAAAAGCCGGUUGAAAUCAGUAUAUUGAAUAUGAAUGUUACAAUUUUUUUUUAU